GUCAAGGGAUCGAUCGGCGCAGGUUGGGGCUAGCUGUCACAGCUGCCACAUGAACUGGCGGCGACACGGUUAUAUAACGGUUAAGAACCACGGGUUUAAUGCCUGGAGACGAGGACACGCGCGCUCAUGUGCGGGCUAAGCUUUAGAACAAGAAACAGCCCAUCGCAAAAGACCUCACUCCGAUGGGGCGAUAGUUGCCUCAAGUAACGUCUCCGUCUCCCGCGAGUGACAUAAUUAGUGUUAAUUGUAUGUUAUGAACCGUGAGUUACAUGUAAAAGACAUUUGAGUGCGGGAGACAUCUCUGAGGGCUUUUUAUUGUGUGUAGACGAAAAACAGACAGCAAGAUGAUUAACAUAGCGGGUGUUGUUUCGAUUGUGCUGUUCUACGUACUGAUCCUGGCAGUGGGCAUUUGGGCAGGACGGAAGAAGCCUCCGGGAGACCAGUCCGAAGAAGAGGUGAUGCUGGCCGGCCGGUCUAUUGGACUGUUCGUCGGCAUUUUUACUAUGACAGCUACCUGGGUUGGCGGAGGCUACAUAAACGGUACGGCUGAGGCGAUCUACACUUCCGGGCUUGUGUGGUGUCAGGCUCCAUUUGGCUAUGCACUUUCGUUAGUGUUCGGUGGAAUCUUCUUCGCAAACCCAAUGCGAAAGCAGGGCUACGUAACAAUGUUGGAUCCGCUGCAAGACUCGUUUGGCGGACGUAUGGGCGGAUUGCUGUUUUUGCCUGCCCUUUGUGGUGAGGUGUUUUGGGCGGCUGGAAUAUUGGCAGCACUGGGUGCAACACUGGUCGUUAUUAUCGACAUGGACCACCGUACAUCCGUUAUCUUCAGCGCCUGCGUUGCGGUUUUCUACACACUCUUCGGGGGGUUGUACUCUGUGGCCUAUACUGAUGUUAUUCAACUCUUUUGCAUCUUUAUUGGUCUGUGGAUGUGCAUACCCUUUGCCUGGGCCAGCCCACACGUCAAGCCUCUGAGUUCUAUGGAGGUCGACUGGAUUGGCAGCAUCGAUCCAGACUAUUACUGGUUCUACAUCGAUUACGGCCUACUCCUGGUAUUUGGGGGCAUUCCUUGGCAGGUGUACUUCCAACGUGUGUUGAGUAGUAAGACAGCUGGGCGGGCGCAGAUUCUGUCUUACGUGGCGGCUUUCGGCUGCAUCAUCAUGGCCAUCCCACCAGUGCUAAUCGGAGCUAUUGCUAAGGGCACUUCCUGGAACGAGACCGAAUUUACCGGACCGCUAACUCCUGAUGGCGACCUGACACCAGAGCAGACGUCCAUGAUCCUGCCUCUAGUGCUGCAACACCUGACACCAAGUGUUGUCUCCUUCUUUGGCCUCGGAGCUAUCUCUGCAGCUGUUAUGUCUUCUGCAGACUCCAGUGUGCUUAGUGCUUCAUCUAUGUUUGCCAGGAAUGUCUACAAGCUGAUCUUCAGACAGAACGCGUCAGAAAUGGAGAUUAUCUGGGUGAUGCGCGUGUCCAUAAUUAUUGUGGGGAUUCUCUCAACUAUCAUGGCUCUCACAAUACCCUCCAUCUACGGCCUCUGGUCAAUGUGUUCAGACCUGGUAUACGUGAUCCUGUUCCCCCAAUUGCUGAUGGUGGUACACUUCAAGCGGCACUGCAACACUUAUGGCUCCCUUGCUGCCUACAUCGUGGCUCUGUUUGUGCGCCUCUCGGGUGGUGAAAAGCUGCUCGGUCUGCCUGCACUGAUACACUUCCCUGGUUGGGAUGAGAAGAAUGAAAUCCAGCUCUUCCCCUUCAGGACUCUUGCGAUGACCCUGUCGCUAUUUACACUCGCAUUUGUGUCUUGGUUAUCGGUGUUUCUGUUCAACUCCGGUUACCUGAGCCCGGAGUCGGAUUAUUUCAAUUGUGUGGUGAACAUCCCAGAGGACAUUCGACGAGUCGAUGAGCCUUCAGAAGCUUGCGAGCAGAUGUCUGUGCUUGGAGGAGUACCCGGCCGUUUAUACGGGGCCGCUUCCACCCUGGUCGGACCGGACGAGAGCACAGGUCGUAUUAACCCAGCCCUCGAGACCGACGAUGAUCUCGAUGACCCCAACGACGGCCCCACUCCCCUCUUCGGUAACAGCGUCCCCUCCCACCCCCUCGGGAAGCAAACCGCCUUCUGAAAUCACUAAGUGAGUGUUUUUGAUGCUUUUACGUAGACUGCACAUGACUAAUUUCGAUAAGCAGAUAUAUAUCGGACGUAAUGCUCAAAUAAAACGACGAACAACUUUCGAAGCACAGAUACGCUCGUUAUGACGAAGCAAUAAUUCACUAGUUUAAUUUUAAGAGAAUUUAUUUUGUAGAGCGGUGUGAGAAACAAAACAUAUCAUGUUGUGAAUCGAUGUUAGACUAUUGUUAAAUUAUUUACACGUGUUUAAUGAUCCUUAUUUAUGUCAAUUAUAUGAGCGUGUGCACACGAUUAUUGUACAUUACGAGUGACACACGGUAUAGGACGAAUUUGAUGUAAUCUGCAAUAUAUAGAUUUGCGUAUAUCUGUUAGGUUUUUAGAGUUUAUACAAUGAGUUUGAAAUUACUACAUAGGUUACUGAAACAAGUACAUAUCAUUGAGAAUCUCAGAAUUUACUCAGUAAGUUUAGGUAUUUUAGUAUUUUUACAGUAAUUACAGAGGUUAUAUUUAAUAUAUUAUCGCGAUACAAAUUGUAUUUCGCACAAGCUUACUAGCACAAAAUCGGCAGCUAAUUUUACCUUAAAAAAUUUAGAGUUUCACAAACAAGUAGAACCUUUUUAUAACCUUCCUGAACUUGUCGGAGGAAUCUAUCUCUUUUAAAUGGUUACGUCAUCAUGACAGGCUUCGUUAUGGCGUGUAACUUGAUGGUUCUAUUUCACACAUUUAGCACAGUUUUUCUGUUUUGGCUUUGUAACUGAUCUUAUUAAAUAAUUUUAAAAAAUACCUAAAACCAUAUGUCUGCCUCAUAUCUAUUUUCUUUACAUCACCUAAUUUAAAGUAUCGGACAAUUAUAACACUUUCUAAAAUGUCGAAAAAAGUUGUGUAAACAUUUAUUUAUAAGUAAACGGGUAAAAUAGUUUUUAGACAAAAUUAAAUAAACGACGAAAAAAUAAAAAUUAAGCAUGGUUGGCUGCCGACAGAAACUUUACAUAUCAUAAACGUGACAAAAUAUUUAUUUAAAAAUAGUUCAAAGUUUUGGUUCCAAGGACCAUAAGGCUAAAAGCACAAGCAGUCAGAUUUUUAAUUAAUUAUUAAAAUAUUAGUCUAAGUUGAUAUUCAUAAUUUAAUGUACAAGAUAUUUUAAAAAUUCGAAUGGUUUUUAUAUAUUUUUGCUAAAUGACUCGAGCUAUAUGAUGUGAAAUGCGUUCAGCUCAGUUUCAUUAAAAAAGGGCAUAUAGCACAAACACAUUUAUUCUGAAGGAAAAUAUCGAAAAAUACUAAAAACGUAUAUGAAGAAUGUUUUGUCAAUACUUUCGCGACAUUCGUAUGUUCUAUUGCAUAAUCUGUAGCUAAAGACAAAUAGAGAAAUAAAAUUGCGAUUCUUACUUGACCAAUUUUUAUCGUGGUGGUUUGAUCGAUACACUGUAGCGCUGAAUUCAUAUAAUGUCGCAAUAGAGUUUUUCCAGCAGUAGCUAUAACUAAACGGACCUCUGAAAUUUAUUUUAAGCCAAAUAAUAUAUUACUACAGUACAUACUCUGUGACAAACUGUCAUAGACAAUGCAAUUAGCAUUUAGUAGAUGUCAUGUGUUUUGGUGUUCAAAUCUAAAUGUUUCCUUCCCUCCAUAGUAUAAAUUAUUGUAAACGCUUAUAUGAUACAAAAUUUACUAUUUAUUUAUAUAUUCGAUGGUUUUAUUGGCUUUUUAAUGUAUAUUAAUGGCUGGUUAUAAUAAUCAGCUUUAAAUCGUUGAAUGUAUUCAAUAUACAAAUAUAUAUUAAAUGAAACGAUGUAUAAGCAGUAUACUGGAUAUUGGAUUUAAAAAAGGGUCAUAACAUACAUAAGGCCAUCAAAAGGAAAUUGUGACAUGAGAUUGUAAUGAUUCUAAAUCAUAAAAAUCCAUUCUGGUCGUGUUUAUAUCUCAAUUCUAUAUUUAUACAAGUUGUGAUUCGCUGUACUAUGUGCAGACGUAACGAAACAUAUCAUUCCAGACUUAUUGCUGUUAAGAUAAUUGUGAAUAUACGAUAGUCCUAGAAGAUGCAUAUCACUAAUGUUAAGUGUAUCUAGUUUAUAUGACUGUUGUUGUUUCGACUCACGGCGCGCACUCACCUACAGACUAUAAACUGUUUAGUGACCUGCUACUGUCUACUGAAUUUCUUAAAGGGCUUAAAUAUGGCCGAAAUAAUAAAGAUAAAGUUGAGGUUUAGUGCUAGUGUUUAAGUAUGUCAAAAACGUAUUCUAUUUUGACAUACGACAAUCAUAGACAUAAGUCUCGAUUCUGAAUCUUGUUGACACUUUUCGUAACCUGUAACUAUUUGAAGUAAAUUGUCAAAAAAUAUAUUGUCUGUAGAUAUGUGAGGAACGGACAUCGCUGUACCCUGGCUUACGGACUUUUUUUGCCCAUAAAUCGCCAAUAUGUGGCUAAAAUUAUAUAUAAAAUCACAUUUUAUAUUGUUUAAGUCUAUAAAAAUAUGCGUUAUAGGACAUUUGUUGGACAUUAUUGGAAGUUUAAUUUAUAUCGAUCUUUUUUUGGUCUGAUAGUUUGACAGGUCAUAGAGGGUACGGUGGUGUCUUCCGCGUCGUGUGGCCACUGUUAGAUAGUAGAUAUAUCCUAGUUCUUGUUGAUCAUUUGAAAUGUGUAUAAAUGUGUAUUGUAGCAAUUUCGCAGUAAUCUGCGUUACUGAUAAAAUAUAGUACGUUGACUGGC